UGUACACAUAUCUCUUCCACUAUGAGCAGACCAAUUGUAUUGCACAUUUGUCUGGCUUUCUGUAGCCUCCUGAUUCUCAACUUUUCCACACAAUGUCUGGCCUUCCCCAAAAUAGAAAGGAGGGAGAUAGAACAUAUUCACACAGAAAAAAAGCAAUUUCAGAGGAUGGACAUAGAAGACCUGGAAAAUAACUCCAAAACUUCAAAACAAACACCCCAGCUAGUAGUCACUGAAGAUCCAAUGGUAAUGUCAGAAGGACCCUCAGCAACAUCAUUAAAUAAAGUAUCCCCUAUUAAUGAAGGUACCUAUCCUGUGGGAGCGAGGCUCACACAGCUUAAUGGCCCUGGUGUUUACACUCCUACUGAGUCAGUGGUCCCGGCAAGUGAGGGACUGUUGGGUUCCAACUACCCACAGAGAAUGUCUCCUGAAAGCAAACUUUCUAAGGCCAUGUUAGCCGUCACUGUCACUGCAGCUGCUCCUCUGAAUAUUGAUGAGAAGGAGGACAACUUUAGCAGUACCAACAUUCUGCCCAUUGUAGACGUGACCACAGAAGCGACACAAAGUUUUCUGAAGUAUUUGGAUGAUCAGUUCUUUGCAUCCGAAAGUCAGGAAGAAGUUAGUCUGGGACAUUCACCUUCAUCCUAUGUAAAUAUGACAGAAAUGGUAACCACCAAUCUGAGGACUGAGAAAUUUGAAGCAGCUACAGAGCAUAAGGCAACUUCUGUUCCUGGUGUUGAGCCUACAGCAGGCACUGAAGCUGACAGCCUCACACUGGAUGGAGAGAGGCCUUCACAGACGACAGCUGACAAUAUCCAGGCUACUGCUCCCAAGCCCUUGCUUGGCACCUCUGAGGAUGCCCUGAGUGUUGAGCCGGAGACUGACAGCCUGCCUGGAACCCCAGAAGUCACAACCGGUGUCAGCAUAGCUAUUCCAACUGCCUCUGUCAUAACUGAUGAGUGGGAUGACACCAAAUUGGAAAGUGUAAGCCAGAUAAGGGCCCCAGACCUUGGGGACAACACAGACAGUCAGGUGGGAAUGGAAAUGUCUCAGACAGCACAAGUCACCCAUGAUAGUAUGAAAGGGGCUGAGCCUUUGACAGGGGCUGCAGAUACGCCUGUGGGGCUGCCUGAAGGGGAAAUACACACCGAGACAGCUUUGCUAAUACCACAAGGGGAUGAGAGAGCAGCUGCCUUCACCAAUCAAAGUUCCUUUAGUUCCACAAGUCCGUUGGAAGAUGAGAAACUUUCCGUAGUAAACCUGUUAAAAAAUACAACAGACCUCAUGGAAUCCACCAUGGAAAAUGAUGUCAUGUUUUCCUUAGAGACCACUGUUUCCAUCUCAGGAUACGACAUUGAGGCAUAUCAACCUUUGGGAAACACAUUUAAAGAUAUUAUUACUCAAGAGAUGACAACCGCUGCUCAAGAAGCAGAAGCCACUUUAUCAUUGAUGAUGCAUGAACAAGUUUCUACCCUCGGGAUUACCAGAGAAAAUGGGGAGACUAAGGAAGGAAAAGAGUCUUCCUCACCCACAUCUGAUGUUUCUAGUGUAACUCUGCUGUCAAGAAGAUCAGACCCUCUGGAUGCUGCAGUUCCUACUACAGCCGUGCCUUUGUCUUUUGAAGUUGCUCCCACUGUGGAAGAAUUAGUGGACACUGUCAUGGGACCAAGUGAGGAGUUGUUCACAUCAGUUUUGGGCUCUUCAGUGACCCCUCCUGGAAUAACGGAGGAGUCAGCCAGCAUUUCUCUAGUGCUUCCUGCUUCUGAGACAUCCUCUGAAGGAAGAACUGUUGUUCCAUCCAUUAGUCGUGUUAAUACAGCUGCCACAUAUGGCCUGGACCAACUUGAAUCUGAAGAGGGAGAAGAGGAUGAAGAUGAAGAGGAGGAAGAUGAAGAAGAAGAAGAUGAGGAGGAAGAUGAAGAAGAUAAAGAUGCAGACUCCCUGGUUGAGAGCUUGGACAGUGACACUGAACUGCUGGGGUUUACUCUCCCUGGUGUCACAUCCCAGGAGCCUGGCUUAGAGCAAGGAAACAUGGGCCUUUUGGAGGGAGCCACCUACCAAGUGCCCGAUGCCAUUGAAUGGGAACAGCAGGAUCAGGGCCUGGUGAGAAGCUGGAUGGAAAAGCUGAAAGACAAGGCUGGCUAUAUGUCUGGGAUGCUGGUGCCUGUAGGGGUUGGGAUAGCUGGAGCCUUGUUCAUCUUGGGAGCGCUGUAUAGCAUUAAGGUUAUGAAUCGCCGAAGGAGAAAUGGCUUCAAAAGACAUAAAAGAAAGCAGAGAGAAUUCAACAGCAUGCAAGAUCGAGUAAUGCUCUUAGCCGACAGCUCUGAAGAUGAGUUUUGA